AUAUAAAUUUGCUUUUUGAUAUACAAUUUUGCAUCUUUAUAUACAAAAUAAGCAUAAUCUCAGUUAUUUAGGUAUAUGCAUAAGUUCAUAUAAACACGGUAUUCAAAUUUCUAAAUAUUCUACAUCUAGAUAAAUAAUUCUCAAUAAUUAUAAUAUAAUUCUCAAUAAUAUAAUAAUAAUUCUCAAAAAUAAUUUGAAUCUAAAUGCUGUGGACAUAAGUUAAAGUGAAAUUAUCAUAUUAAAAUACCUAAUCUAACUUUUACUAAUUUUAUGAAACGUGUAGGACAAUAUUUGGUGAAAAAGAUUUGUCCAUUAUAAAUAUUAACAAAAAUAACUGUCAAUGUUAAACAGUGUAUCGAAUGUUUAUUUCUACUUAUUAUGAGAAUGACCAGAAAUCUAAUUUUUAUUUUGAACAAAGUACCUGUAAUUAAAGAAAAGUUAUUUUCUCAAAAAUAUUUGCUUUAUACAAAUGUAACAAUAUCUAUUUCUCUUUCUGCCUUGGGAGAUGUAUUAGAACAACAUUAUGAAAUAUUGAAGAAUGAGUGGGAUAAAUGGAGUUUAAAUAGAACUCGAAACAUGGCAUUAUCUGGCAUGUCUAUUGGUAUAGUAUGUCAUUAUUGGUAUAAAUAUCUAGAUAAUAGAUUGCCAGGUCGUACAAUUAAUAUUGUUUUGAAAAAGGUUGUUAUAGAUCAAUUAGUGUGUUCUCCACUUUGCAUCACAAUGUUUUUUUUAACAUUAGCUAUUUUAGAAAAAAGUACUUGGACAGAAUUAAAAGAUGAAAUUAUUAAGAAAGCACAUAAAUUGUACAUAGCAGAAUGGGUUAUUUGGCCACCAGCCCAAAUUUUUAAUUUUUAUUUUCUGCCAAAUAGAUAUAGAGUACUUUAUGAUAAUACUAUAUCUCUAGGCUAUGAUGUGUAUACUAGUCACGUGAAACAUGAUAAUUUAAUACACAAUGCAAGAAAUAAUUAGCAUUAAUAAAUUUUUAAUAUAGACAAAUUAUCUAAGUAAAUAUAUAAGUAAUACAUAAUGAUGUUAUUUAAAAAAAAUAAUAAAUAACUACAAGUUAUAAAUUGUAUAUGUUCUAUUUAUCAAUCUAAAAGAUGAAAAUAUAUACAUAUAAAUAAUGUAUAAAUAUUUUAGAAACAGAAACAUUCUUGUGUUUUGACUUAUUUAUUUUCCUCUUUAUAAAAACUAAUAAAAUAAGAAAAAAAUAAAUAAAUACCAAUUUCUUUAAAUAUUCUUCUCUUUCACAAAGCUUUCAUGAUAAAAUGUUAUGAACUUACACAGUUACUACAUAGUUAUAUUUACAUGUACAUAAAAUGUCUUUCAUACAGUGAAU